AUGACUGCUUUAGGUAUAAUCUUCAUCUGCAACAAGUUGAUGGAUACAUCUCAAAUCUCAAUUUCAGUGUUGAAAGUACAAGGGCUUUUACACGGUGGGAUUGUUAGAGAUGAUGAAGAGCAUUUGUUAAUGAUGAAGAGUUUAACCGUGCUUGCCCCCUUACUCUUGUGUGUUACUUUACUAUUUUCUUCUCUUAAUGUCGCUUCUGAUUCUGCAGCAGAAGCAUUGGCAAUCCUCAAAUGGAAAGCCAGCCUUCAAAGCCAAAACCAUUCUGUUUUGCUUUCCUGGAAUACUUCCAACAACCCAAAUACCAAAACAAGUCCUUGUGCUUGGUUUGGAAUCCAUUGCAAUCAUGCUGACAGUGUUACUAAGAUUAACCUCACUGGCUAUGGUGUAAAAGUUACGCUCCAUUCAUUUCCAUUCUCGUCUUUGCCUAAUCUUGCAGAGUUGGACCUUAGCACCAAUGAACUUUAUGGCAUAAUCCCACCUAAAAUCAGUCAGCUCUCCAAACUCACCUACCUUGAUUUAUCCUAUAACCAGUUCUCUGGCCAAAUCCCACCUGAAAUUAGCCACCUUGUACAUCUUCAGACCCUCCAUCUUGCUGGAAAUCAGUUGAACGGCUCAAUUCCUCGAGAAAUUGGUCAGCUCAAAUUUCUCACUGACCUUGCCUUGUGUAGCAACAAGCUAAAUGGUUGCAUUCCUGCUUCUCUCGGUAAACUAAGUCGACUUGUUUCCUUGCUUCUCUAUAAUAAUUCCAUUUCUGGUCCCAUUCCUCCAGAAUUGGGAAACCUUAGGAAUUUAGUUGAAGUUUACUUGGACACCAACCGUCUAACUGGUCCCAUCCCUUCCACAUUUGGAAACUUGAAAAAACUGACGGUGCUUCAGAUGUUUACCAAUAGUCUUUCAGGUCCCAUCCCCUCUGAGUUAGGGAAUAUGGAAUCUCUUUCUGAAAUAAGCCUUUAUCACAACAAUCUAUCUGGCUUGAUCCCAACCUCAUUUGGUGACUUGAGACAUCUUACAGUUGCCCGCCUUUAUGAAAAUCAACUCUCUGGUCCCAUUCCUGAGGAGAUAGGAAACUUGAAUUCUCUUGUUUACCUAGAGUUGGGUGAAAACCAACUCAAUGGCUCUAUUCCUGCUUCACUUGGCAGUUUGAGCAACUUGAAAAUUCUGCAUCUCCGAGACAACCGACUCUCAGUGCAACAAAAGACCAACAGCAGCAAAUUGUGCAAGUUAAGCUGCUAUACAAUUUUGGAGAAAAGAAAUGGAGCUGCUGUUUCCUUUCUUUUGCUUCAUUCGUUUUCAUAUUUGCUUGCUGAAAAGUCCAACAAUUUGCCGCAAGGCAUUUGCAGUGGUGGAUCAGUUGAAUACUUCACAGCAGCUGACAACCAGCUUAUCGGGCCAAUCCCUCAAGGGUUGAAAAAUUGCACUAGCUUGAAGAGAGUCUACCUUGAAAGAAACCGACUCAGAGGAAAUAUAUCUGAAGAUUUAGGCAUUUACCCAAACCUAAGAUUCAUUGAAUUAAGUGACAAUGAACUUUAUGGUGAAGUGUCUUCCAAUUGGGGAUUGUGCAGAAGCUUACAGAGCCUAUUUAUUGCAAGGAACAAUCUCAGUGGUACAAUACCAGCUGAGAUUGGAAACUCACGUCAGAUACACAGGCUUGAUGUUUCUUCAAAUCAUUUAGUUGGGGAGAUUCCAAAGAAAAUUUCAAAGUUGACAUCUUUGCUUUAUCUUUAUUUGAAUGGGAAUAAACUUUCUGGUAGUGUACCCCUAGAACUUGGACUUAUGUCCAAGCUUUUGUAUCUAGACUUGUUGUUGGAUCUUCCAGCAAAAAACAAAAGCAAAAUCGAAUGGAAGCAAAAGGAAGAAAACUAA